AUGAGCAGUCGGGGCGAAUUCUGGCGGGGCGUGGUCAGGCGUGUCAACUUCCUCAAUGACGACGAAAGGCAUAAAAUCAUCAAGCUCGCGGAAACCAAGAUUGCCACACCAAAGAACAAGUAUACAGACUACGUCGCUCGAGACGUCCCUCGAACGUUUGUCCUCUUCGAGCUGCCGUACGAUGCACAGACUAUGCAACCAGCGCUCCACCGAGUGUUGAACGCAAUCUCGGAAGCCGAAGACGGGUACUGCCAAGGCAUGAACUUCAUUGCCGCGGUAUUUCUCGUGCAAGGUUUUUCGGAAGAGCACGCCUACAUUGUGUUUCUCUACCUGCUGAAGCACAAACAUCUUAGCCAGUUCUUCAAGGACUCGUCCAUCUUCCUCAACGAAUACCUCGCACAGUUUCAAUACCAAUUGAGCCUCUACCUCCCAGAACUCGCAAACCGACUGGAGGCGUGCGGCUUCAGCGUGUACCUCUACGGCGUCGAAUGGUUUACCACAAUCUUUUCGUGCUCGUCCAAAUUGGACCUAACCCGAGCUGUCUUGGAUAUGAUGCUAAUCGGCGUCGAAGAUGUCAUGUUUCGUGUGGGGCUGGCCGUGCUGAAGAACGUGGAGGCGCAGUUGAUGGGCCUCCAGUUUGAGGACCUACUGCAUCAUUUCAAGGCGAUCGUGAAGCAAGCAGAUACGUACCAAGUGGUGGUGGAUGCCCUGAUAAUUCCACCUCAUGUCGAUGCUCCGGGCGGCGUCUUGGCGCAAACGGCACGGCGGUCGUCGAAGCCGUUCGCCGCAUGGCCGUAUCUUCGCCAUCGAACCCUUGGUCCCAUGCUUGCACAAGCAUGUGAGCGCGGAACAUUGAACGAGGCAGUGUGGGAGAGGUGGAAAGCAGAAAACGGUGACGACGUCGAGGCGCACCAAGUCAUUGCCGACGAGAUUGUCCACUAUGCUGUGUGGCAUGGCCACGUCAACGUCGCAGCUUUUGCCAUUCAUAAUUGCAUGGCCGACCCGAACGCAUGCGACGACUUUGACCUGCGACCGCUGCAUUUUGCCAUUGUACGGAAUCAACCAGACCUGGCUCGGCUGUUGCUUGCCGAAGGCGCUGACGUUCAUGCAUGCGGCGGCAACUCGAUUGCGCUUCCUCGAUCAUUGCAGAUGAAGACACCGUUGGAACUCGCUACAACUUGGAUCUACUCGGACAUUGAAGCCGUCGCCAUGGUUUUGUAUGGAAAAAUAUGCCUCCAUUGCAACGACAAGUUUCCUAUGGUCCCCCUUUUCACCACGAAGCAAUGCCUCGACUGCGAAUAUUUCUACUGUCGUCAACACUGCUUUGAACAUCACCGGUGCUCGAAAUCAUCGGAGAAAGGCGUCAUGCGGCUCGACAGCGUCCAGCUCGUGUACGAUGAGCACGAAGUUGUAGAGGAAAGAGUGUUCGUUCGACCGUGUAGCAGCAAAUGGUACUGCACCCACCGCGACUGCCACGGAGUCUUCAACUUGUUUCGCAAGCGGUACAAGUGUGGAAUAUGCAAUUACUCUGUGUGCUCCCUCCACGUCAAGUCUCUGAAGUAG